AUGGGACGCGAAAAACAAGAUCCGCAGCGUGAACCACCUCAGAAUACCGGAGAUACCCUUAGCCAGGCUAGUCCCCGUUCGGAGAUCCUUUUCGGUACAGCUCCUCGGGAAUCCAAACUUCAGACCAUCUGCACCCGAACUCCCAGAAGGCACCCAAGGAGAAUGGCGGUGCGCUCACGUGGCACCCCGUAUAUCGAUUUUACCACGGAGGCGCCAAAAUUGAAGCGCCAGCUGGAACAGGCCAGAAGUCGACAACAAGCGUUGGGGCAGGCGGGUCAACGGGGCAGUGAGGAGUACACGGCGGCAGUCAAACAAACGAAGGCGCCUGAAGUGAUGGUCCCCCGGUAG